UCUAAUCUUUCGGUCCUAGUUCAGAAUGCAGUCUCACAAUCUAUUAUUGCGGGUUACGCGCCCGGCGUUAGUGGAAUGGGAUUUGUUAAUGAAAAUAACUGUUUAACUGACGAACUUCUUGCGGAUUAUUCCUUGUCAAAUGCUGCCGAGUGUGCGCGAACAUGUAGACCAGGAGAAUCAAAGACGUGUUACUAUAAAUUCGUAAUUGAACGUUAUCCCGUUAAUGGCCAGGCGUGUAAUUUCUGUAUGCCUAACGCUACAAACACUUUAUGCCCUAACUGUCAAUGCGUUCCCGGGGAUGGAACGCAGCGGAUGGCUUUGACUGUGAAUAGAAUGAUACCAGGGCCAACUAUACAAGUUUGCAAAGGAGAUUACGUCGUAGUUGAUGUUCAAAAUCUGUUAAAGUCAGAUUCAGUUACGGUUCAUUGGCAUGGUAUCCUCCAACAUGGUUCUGCGCAUUACGAUGGGGUCCCACAUUUGACACAGUGUCCGAUCAUGAUUCAUGACACAUUUAGAUAUCAAUUUUUUGCUAAUAACUGGGGAUCUCAUUUGUGGCAUGCUCACACAGCAACGCAAAAAUUGGAUGGUGUAUUUGGAAGUUUCAUCGUACGAUCACCACCGCAAGAUGAACCCUAUCAAAAUUUGUAUGAUUUUGACCUAGCAAAUCACGUAAUCGUUAUUAGCGAUUGGUUUAAAGAAGAGGCUACGGGUCGAUUUCCAGGUCGUAGAGCUGGCGUAGUUCAUCAGAAUGCCGAUGCGUUCUUAAUUAACGGAAAAGGAAGAUACAUUGAUCUCAGUCACGCUACGUCAAACAUUCCCUUUGAAGUAAUCACCGUAGGUGCUAAUCAACGUUAUCGUUUUCGUUUAAUUAACUCCUUCUGUACCGUUUGCCCUGCACAAUUGACUAUCGAAGGCCAUAGUCUUACCGUUAUUGCUUCCGAUGGUCAACCUAUGCAACCUGUCGUUGUUGAUUCUAUAGUUUCUCUGGCUGGAGAACGAUACGACUUUGUCAUUAAUACUAAUCAAACACCUGGUGCCUAUUGGAUACAACUGCGUGGAUUGGAUGAUUGCACCUAUAACCGUAUCCAACAAUUAGCUUUAUUACAAUACGAAGGAGCAUCUAUUACACCAAAGACAAAAGAACCUACUUUUGAUAAUCCUAUUCCUAAUGGCCUAGUACUAGAUAUCGCAAGUUCCGCUUGCAAUUCUACGCUCAACUAUAUCUGUGGCAAUGGAUUAAACAGCGCUUUGCAAGUCGAUCCAGAUAUUUUGAAAAAAGAACCAGAUGUAAAAUUGUAUCUACCUAUAUCCAUGCAGAGGUAUAAACCGGAAGAGGUGUUCGUACCUAACACAUAUAAGAACUUUCUGGUUCCAUCACCAAAAUGGAUAGUAGCCACGAUGAUAAACAAUAUAAGUUCAACUGGUCCAUCCUCCCCGCCACUCACUCAGUUGGAAGACACACCUGCAGAUGCAUUUUGUAACGCCGAAAAUUUACCAGCCCACUGCCGUCCAGGAGCUCCGUGCACGUGUAUUCACUUGAUUAAAAUUCCAUUGAAUUCUAUCGUGGAAAUAAUCCUGAUAGACGAGUUUGACACGGUAUCUGUACGGCAUCCCUUCCAUUUGCAUGGAUACAUAUUUUAUGUGAUGGGCUUAGGUCAACCUUUGGGUGCCACUACAAGUUCGAAUACUACGAAUAAGAUGACACUGGAAUAUUUCAAAGAACUUGAAAAGAAAAAUCAAAUAAAAAGGAAUUUCGUUUCUCCACAAGGAAAAGAUGACAUUCCUGUACCAAACAACGGAUAUGCCAUAAUUAGAUUCCGCGCAAAUAAUCCAGGAUAUUGGCUGCUCCAUUGUCAUCAAAUUUUUCAUCAUCUUGCUGGUAUGGAAGUUACUUUACAAGUUGGAGAGGUUUCUGAUAUGCCAAAACCACCAGAAAAUUUCCCAAGAUGCGGCAAUUUUAAACCGAAAAUACAACCAUUCACAAAAUAGUAUGGACUAGAAAAGUAA